AUGAUGGAUGAUACAAAAUUUUUCGGCCUGUCAGAAAUGCAGAAUUCUAAUGAAGAAAUAUUUAAUUUUAAUAUGUGUAAUGACAGCUUAACACCACUGUUGAAUCAGUUUGAUGGAGUAUUUAUGAAUCCAAAUGAUAUCAAUGAAUACUAUUUUUCAAUGCCAAUGGAAAAUGGAAGGGUUGUAGAUUUGAAUCUUCCGCAAACGCCUGAAGAAGAUCAAGAAAAUCUUGAAAAAUGUACAGCUGGCUCUGUAAAAUCAUCACCAACUGGUAUUAUACCGUGCCAGGAUGAAUUUGGUGGAAGUACUAAUUUUGAAGUGUUGUUAGAUUCCAGUUCCCAGUCAUACCGACAAAAAUGGAAUUAUUCAGUUACACUGCAAAAACUUUUUAUUGACAUAAAUAAAGUGCUUCUGUUAAAUUUUAAAUGUGAUUAUGACAAGAUUGCCAAUAAUAUGUCAUUAUUCGUACGUGCUAUGCCUAUGUACAGUUCAGCAGAUUGGUUAAAAGAACCGGUUGAUCGUUGUUUACAACAUUUAUCACCUAUAGAUCAGUUUAACAAAGGUUUUACACAUUUAGAACAUGUUAUACGUUGUGAUAAUGAAAGUACAACUUAUCAUAUUGAUGAAGUUAGUAGGCGUAAAAGUGUAGUUACACUUUUAUCUAGACCUGAACAUGGGUCAGAUACCACCAGAUUAUCCUAUAGAUUUGUUUGCAAGACUUCUUGUAUUAGUGGAAUGCAACGUCGUCCUAUAAUUGUAAUAUUCACAUUAGAGGAUUACACUGGCCAAGUGCUUGGCCGUCGUGUACUUCCAGUAAAAAUUUGUUCUUGUCCUAAAAGAGAUAUGGAUCGCGAAGAAACUGAUACUCAUUUACAAAAAAACACAGUUUUUCGUCGAAACAAGAAGUGCAUCUCACAAGAUAUUAACCAUAAUAAUAAUCGCCAUCAUCAUAGCGAUAGCGAACCUCCGCCGGCUAAGAUAAUUAAAUUAGAGUCCUCCACCUCAACAGAAAAUAGAACUGAUAAAACAUAUAGCACAUUCCCUAUAAGUUAUACUACCGAAACAAAGGAACACUAUAAAAUAGUAUUGGAAAGUAUAUACUCUGUAAUUACUGGUGUGUCAUCUCUUCACAAUAUUACAGACACACAACCAUUUCUCAAAGAGUUAAAAUCUAGGUUGGACAACCUAAACUGA